AUGUCGAAAUGGACGGUUACACUCGACUGCAAUCCUGUCCUCAAGAAGAGAGAAAAGAUGGUUUGCAUAAUGCCCACACAGAUGAUGCUUGAAGAUGCAUAUUCGUUGGCUGAGAGGAGGACGUUUUCAUACCCCCCAUUAAUGCCACUAUUAGAAGAUCCGAAGAUGGAGCUGAAAACAGUCCUCCCGUCCCUGCGUUUAGGCCUGUUAACUGCGUUUCACCAAUGUACCGAGGCAAGGUCAACCUGA